AUGAUGACCUUCUUGGAUGAAACGGAGUUGGAUGGAAAGACGACAUCCAGUUUGGAUGAUAAUGCAAACUUUCUCACUAUGAAUGAAACUGAAGACUUGCCCCAAGUAAUGGAACCGGAAAGACCACGUCGAAAGAAAGGAGAGAAAAAGAAGACGGUGCUGUACUUGCGUCUGAGCUUUGGAAACUACUCAACCACUGCUAGAAACAAAAUGUACAUGAUAUCUAGCGUUUUAUUCAUGAACGCGUCAGUCGUGGUCGUCAAAUUUAGAUAA